GCACUGAGAAUCUUCUUGCGCCAUCUACGACAAGACCGGUAAGAAGGGGAUUUCCCGUUGAUGUUGUUGUGUUGUUGUCAUCGGCCAUAUUCAUCGGGCGAUCAACUUGUGAAUUUCCAUUCGCAGCUUACAAUAUAGUGUACGUCGUGUCAGCUUGUCAGGAUCAGCAUGGGAAGCACAGAUGGGCCUCAUUCAAAUUCAGACAUGAGUGGCUUCCAGAGCCUUCAUUCAAACGACAAAGCUCAAAGAAGGAAUCAGAAUGAAGCGACAGAAGGAGAAGGAUCUUCCAGCAGUGGAAGCACAGAUGAAUCUCAUUCAAACAUAAGUGGGUUUCACAGCCUGCAUUUUAAUGAGAAGCUGCAGAAAAGGACUUUAGGAGACAUCAAAUCCUCCCAGUCUAGCCUCAUGUCUCAGCCUGGAACACUAGCCAGCACUGAAGAUGCUUCAUAUGCUAGUGACUCAAACGUGACUCCCGGAGACAACAAAUCCUCCCAGUGUAGCAUCAUGUCUCGACCUGGAACACUAGCUAGCACCGACGAUGCUUCAUAUGUGAAGGACCCAAGAGUGACUGUUACUCUGGACCCGCCAGUAUGUGAAGCCGACACUUCCAAUAAUGCAGGGUCUCAAGGGUAA